AAGGCGUGAGAACGUUCUUACACACACAUGCAGAGGUACGCGAAGGAAUGUUGAAUCGAUAGAGAAAUCAAGCAAUUCAACAUCGUUUGGAACUCAACCAGUGUAGAGCUUUUGACAUAGUUCAGCCGAAAUGACAGAGAUGGCGCUGUUGUCCGAAACCAAGGAUUGAAUAAUAAUAAUAAUUGCUAUGUAUAAUGAUGCUUUUAAAUCAUUACGCCACUAUACUUUUAAUAAUUAUAAAUUAUUGUAGGUAGUAGGUAUAUACAAAACAAGGGUACCUCAUUUUAUUUGACGUUGUCAAUCUGUGAUUAUCAUUUAUUUGAUCAAUACCCGUUGUUAGUAGUUAUUUCUUUUAUUAAUGUAGAUGCUUUGAAUAAACUUUAAAGUUUAUCAUUUUAUAAUCAGUGUAUAAAAUGGCCUUGUGUUAUCAAAAACAUCCGUUCGACAUCGAAACGGAGGAUCGUUUGACGACAAUAAAUACGCAAAUAUUUGAAAUCAAAAAGAAGAUACAACUGUCAGACGGCCAAAGAAAGUCUUAUUACGAAGAAUAUGAAGCUGAGAAAAAACGGAACAGCGAAUUGAUUGAAUCCUUAAAGAAGGAAAUAAAACUACGAUUAAAUGAAUUACGUGAAUCUCAGCAAGUUUUGAGUGGUGAAGAUCCAAACUUGAAGAAAUACUUGAACGAAGUGUGUCCAAUUGGGAACAAAACUGCUGAUGAGGUCAUACACAACCUCGAUUUAAAAGUAAUAGAACAGAGAAAAAUCUUGGAUCUCCUUAAAUACGAGAUUGGGAGUAAAAAGAAGAAGUUAAAAGAGUUGGAGAAAGAGUACGAGAAGUUGUUGAUUGAAAGCACUAAGAGUGAUUUGGUCAAGUCAAAAAUGUCUACGAGAUCACGUAAGCAUAUCUCCCACUUGGAGAACGAGAUCCACACAGUCUUGAUCCAAUGGACUGAAGCUGAGUUGGUGAAGAAGAAGUAUGCCUCUAUACGACAAGCACUUAUAGAAGACUCAGUGAGGUUCGAAAGCUCUCUCGCCAAAAUCGAAGAGCUUCUUGAGAAACAGCAUGAAGAAAUUACGAAAUUGAAGUUGGUCCGUGAUGAAGCAGCAGCGAUGCGUUUACGUGCAACAGCAGCAACGGCGGCAGAGGCAGCUCGCGCUCAUGACGCAGAGCACGCUCGGGCCGCGGAAAGAGCCUACUACGCACAGCGGUUUGAGGAGAGGAGGCGAGAACUGGAAAAAUUGGAGAAACGGAUAUUUCCACCAGCUGUACGUCCAGUACGUCAAGAAUCCACCGGGUCCAUGGAAGAACCAAUGGCUGAAGAAAUAUCACCUGCACAGCAGAUGGAGGAUAUUUUCCAAAAGUUGAUGAAACUCACUGGAGUCACAGAACCUGAGCAGGUGUUCGACAGGUUCCGUGGGCAACGGGAAACCAGCACCCGUCUUGGUUACCUGCAGCAGACCACGGAGCAGGAAAAGUUACGGUUGGAGGAAACUCAAACUGCUCUCAUGGCUGAACUAGAGGGUUACAAGUUCGCUUCCGUUAAGGAUAAAGAUGAAGGUCAAGACGAAAUCCAGAAUCUGAAAGCGGAAAUAAAAGAAGAGGAGGAAGCUCACAAUUUAAUUCAGAAGGAGUUGGAAGGGCUGGAAUCAUUCCUUCUGGAAAUGAAAAGAUUGUUGUACGAUCUAUGCAAGAUGCUCGAUGUAGUGGGAGAGCCAGCUAUGCCCGAAUGGACAGCCGAAGCCUGCGAUAUUCAAGAAAUACUUGUCGUCUUAACUACAAGGUUUGAGAAGGCACAAGCUAAAGUGGAAACGAUCGGCGAUAAACAUAUUUCUCAUGUCUUCAUACCAUCCAAUACGACAAGCGGUGCCCCGUCAGUGGCAAAUAUGAGCGCACGCAGUCACAGCUCUCAGAAGGAGUCAGACAAGAUAGUACCAACUUAUAAGGAGUUAGUGCAGAAGGAACCUGGAAAAGUGAUGGUAUCUGAUGAAGAGGAGGAUAUCCCAUCAAGGUGCUACUUGAAGCGUCAGGCUCAACUCAUCGUGGACACCAAGUGCAGGAGGAAGGGUUUCCGACCACCUUACCCUCGCAAAUAAAAGCUGGAUAGUCAAAUACCUUCACUUACAUCCUAGGAUAACGAAGUUCAGUUCACCUUUAUUAGCAUACAAUUAGGUACUUAACGACAUCAUUAUUCAUUACAUUAGUUUUUUUCGCAUAUGUCUGGUAAUGACGGU